CCAAACUCAACCCAUCUAUCACACAUCACACAUCCAGCUGAGAAGGAGAGAGAGAGAGAGAGAUCGAUCCUCAAACCCAAAAAUAUUUCUUCCAACAACAAUCCCAACCCUUUGCGCCAAUCAACGACCCCACACUCAAAAUUUUCCCUCAAUUUUUCUCUCUCUUAAACCCCUCUCUCCCUCUCCCUCUCCCUCUCCCUUUCCUCUUCCCAUGCCACCUUCUCCUUCAGAGAACCGAACCAAAUGGCGCAAGCGCAAGCGCGAUUCCCAAAUCGGCCGGCGCCACCACAAGCACGACGAGGAGGACGACGACGACGAGGAAAACCCCAAUGCCGAGGAAGACCACGCCGAACGCGACUACGAUUCCGAGGAACAAACGCACCACCACCCUAAUUCCCAACCGCACCUCGAGACGGAGGUUCUCUCCGACAACGCCGUCCAGAUUUCGCAGUUCCCGCCGGUGAUAAAGCGCACCGUCAACCGCCCUCACUCCUCCGUCACCGCAAUCGUUGCUCUGGAGCGUGCACUCGAGUCCGGAGACAGCAAGGCUCAUAGCGCAAUCACUCCUCCGAUUCUCGAGAACGUGUCUCACGGCCAGCUCCAGGCGCUGUCGUCUGUGCCAGCUGACAACUUCGCUCUCGACGGUGAUCCCUCUUAUGUCAUCACUCCCCCUCCCAUGUUGGAAGGUCGCGGCGUCGUUAAGCGCUUCGGAGCUAAGGCUCUUGUUGUUCCAAUGCAUUCAGAUUGGUUUUCGCCUGCCACUGUGCAUAGGUUGGAGAGGCAAGCAGUGCCGCAUUUCUUUUCCGGGAAGUCCCCGGAUCAUACUCCGGAGAAGUACAUGGAGUGUAGGAACUGCAUUGUUGCACUGCACAUGGAGGAUCCCGGGAAGAGGGUUACGGUUUCUGAUUGCCAGGGUUUGUUGGCUGGGGUUGAUGUUGAAGAUUUGACUCGGAUUGUUAGGUUUCUUGAUCAUUGGGGGAUUAUUAAUUACUGUGUUCGGAUGCCGAGUCAUGAGUCUUCCAAUGCUGUGUCUUGCCUAAGGGAGGAGCCGAGUGGAGAGGUGCGUGUGCCAUCGGAGGCCUUGAAAUCCAUAGAUAGUUUGAUCAAAUUUGACAAGCCCAAGUGUAAGCUGAAAGCAGACGAAAUUUAUUCGGCCUUAACUGCACAUAAUGCCGAUGCCAAUGAUUUGGAGGACAGAAUAAGAGAGCAUCUAUCUGAGAAUCAUUGCAAUUAUUGUUCUCGUCCUCUUCCCGCUGUAUAUUAUCAGUCCCAAAAAGAGGUUGACACUUUACUCUGCACGGAUUGCUUCCAUGAUGGGAGAUUUGUCAUUGGUCAUUCAAGUAUAGAUUUUAUAAGGACAGAUUCGACAAGAGAUUAUGGUGAACUAGAUGGGGAUAGUUGGACUGAUCAAGAAACUUUACUACUGCUUGAAGCAAUGGAGAUUUACCAUGAGAAUUGGAAUGAAAUUGCUGAGCGAGUUGGUACCAAGUCAAAAGCACAAUGCAUUCUUCAUUUUCUCCGUCUACCCAUGGAAGAUGGAAAAUUGGAAAAUAUUAAUGUUCCUAGCAGGUCCUUGUCAUCCAAUGUGAUGAAUAGAGAUGAUAGUGGAAGACAGCAUUGUUACUCAAACGGAGAUACUGCAGGACCUGUCCAUCAAAUCAGAGAUCCUGACAGCCGGCUUCCUUUUGCGAAUUCUGGAAAUCCUGUUAUGGCUUUGGUUGCUUUUUUAGCCUCUGCGGUUGGACCAAGAGUAGCUGCUUCUUGUGCUCAUGCAGCAUUAGCAGUAUUGUCGGAGGAUAAUUCUGGAAGCACGUCACAGAUGGAAGCACCAGGACAUGAUAAUGUUAAUAGGACAAAUCCAGAAAGUCGAGAUGGUGGCCUUCACGGAGAAACAGCGAUUUCAAAUAAUCAUAAUGAGGAUAAGACAAAAGUAGGUUCAUGGGGUCUAAAUGAGGGUAGGACAACCCCACUCGCUGCUGAGAAAGUUAAAGAUGCGGCUAAAGCAGGCCUCUCGGCUGCAGCAAUGAAAGCUAAAUUAUUUGCGGAUCAUGAAGAACGAGAAAUUCAGAGGUUAUGUGCUAAUAUAGUAAAUCAUCAGCUGAAAAGAUUGGAAUUGAAGCUGAAACAGUUCGCAGAAAUUGAGACAUUGUUAAUGAAAGAAUGCGAACAACUGGAGAGAACAAAGCAGAGGUAUGCAGCUGAACGGUCCCGCGUGAUAUCAGCACGUCUUGGAACUCCAGGAGCCACACCUACAAUGAAUGCAUCAGGUGUUGGUCCCUCAAUGGCUAGUAAUGGAAACAAUAGGCAACAAAUGAUCUCCGCAUCUCCCUCGCAGCCCAGCAUCUCAGGGUAUGGCAACAACCAACCAGUUCAUCCGCACAUGUCCUUUGCCCCACGACCGUCAAUGUUUGGGUUGGGGCAAAGAUUGCCCCUAUCGAUGAUACAACAAUCACAAUCAGCUUCUUCAACUGCCAUGUUCAAUGCCCCUACUAAUGUGCAGCCCACUUCCAAUCAUCCAUUGUUGAGGCCUGUAUCAGGAACUAACUCUGGUUUAUGAUAAAUAGGGGAGUAGAUGUAAGUUUUGGAACUUAUAAAGUGUAAUUUUAUUUGGUAAUCGAUUUCAGAAGUGAAGGGGAAGUUAGGUGGAAGUGCCAAGAAAGUUAUUUAGUAAGUAGAGCCUGUAAUUGGUUGCAGUUGAUUGUGAAACUGUUGCUUAAAGGAAAUAAGUAGCAUUUGAUAUUCCUUACUUCUUUCUUGUGGUCUUUAGGUACCUUGAACUUUGAUUAAGUGGCACAUAUCUUGUGGAGUUAGAUUAGACUAAAACUACUUGGAUGAAUAAGGACCACGUUAUGGUGACUUUUGUCUUCACUCCUCGUGGUAUUUUAUGCAGUCCAUUGUUCUAGGUUUUGUUUCUAGUGAGCGGUUUGCCUCCAUAAAUACUGUUUUCUGGAUUUAGCUCUUUUUUCUUUUAA